UCUAUGUAACUGCCUUAGCUGUCUUGAAAUUUGCUUUGUAGACCCUUGAACUUACAGAGAUCCACCUACCUCUGCCUCCAGAGUGCUGGGAUUAAAGGUGUGAGCUACCACAUAGGGCUCUUAUUUUCUUAAUCGAAAAAUCCUUCAUGUGGAUCCAAGUCUCUUCCGAUUUCCUAUUUCCCUGUGACUUUUGAUGAUGGCCUGGAUGCUGGCAUUUGUUCGACUUCUCGUUUCGCCUCCACAUUGCUUGGCACCAUUUAGUCCCAGGCAGCUCCUCACUCCCUGUGUAAGAUGGUAACUUGUAGCCUCUUCAAAUAUUCACCACGGCACUCUGCCUCUGAAGUUAGCCAGUGCCUCCUUCUGCUUGAACUUAGCUUAAGUCCAUCAAAGUUGCUGGGCUGGAGGGAUGCUGCUGAUGUCACACUGUCAGUAUUGUGAUUGUCACCAUAUCUAACAGGCAAAGAAGGGACAGUGUUCAUGGCAACCCUUGGGUGAGACUCACCCAGCUGAGGUAACCAGCCUGACUGCAGACUUCAGACAACCAUGUGAAGGGGCGUCCACUGUCAGAGAAGAGGCCAAGUUUCUAUCAGUAUGGUGGAUGUACAGUGUUUGAGUGACAAUGAAUUGCGCAAGCAACUUAAGAAGCUUGGAUUUUCACCUGGUCCAAUAAUACCUUCCACCAGAAAAAUGUAUGAAAAAAAGUUAGUGCAAUUGUUGGUCUCGCCUCCCUGUGAACCUGUCAUGAAGAGACUUAAAAAGCUGCAUGAAUUUGAGGACAGUGAUGAAAGUGAAGAUCCAGCAGUAAAUAUCAUUUUGAAAGGAAAUAUCAAAUUCUCAAAGGACAAAGUCAAAGAAUGCAAAAAAAAACCAGACAAUGAAAUGAAAUGCCUGCAGGCAGACAUGGGGAAGCCAAACUCUGAUAGUAAAAGCUGGAAGAUGGUAAUUAAGAGACCCGAGUCUCCUACUAGUAAAAGAAGAAUCUUCGACAUCUACUACCUGAGCCAGAAGCCCUCAAAAGGAGGCAGGUAUGCUGCAAGAUCGAUUCCGCGAGUCAGUCAUGGGUGUGCCACCAAAGAGGACUACUGCGGAGAGAACCAGAGCCUGGAGAGCAGCUUCCUGAUCCAGAACCUUGGCAACAGCUUUCCGUGGGGCUUGAAGCUGGCCAUCCUUGGCAUUUUCAUCAUUGUGGUGUUUGUCUACAUAACUGUAGAAAAGAAGCCGCUCUUGCCUUAAACCCUUUAGGAGCAAAGUAGAAGAGCCAGAGCUACAACCAGGCAGCCCCCUAACCCUUGCCCCAGGGGCUCCCUGCCCUACACUGACUCUCCUGGGCUGCAUCCGGGUUCAGCUAGGUGGAGGAGCAAGGGCAGAACCAGGCAGCAUGCUAGGUCUUGAUGGUCUGUAAGUCAAGUAAGCCAUCAUUAAAUGCACUAACACGUCAGAGGGCUCUCCUGUAAAGGAAACUGCCUGGGCCCCUCACCAGCUCCUUCCCUUGUUCCCCUCCUGCCCGGGUUCUCCCCCAAAGCAAAGAGGCUUCACAUUCUUAUAGCGGACCACUUGCUAGUACAGAAGAUAGAAACAAAGAAAAUUAAAUUCUUAAUAAAACGAGUCCAACUGUCCAGACAGUGAUGACAUUUCCAGUUUGUUGCGGCGAUGACAGUGACCUUGAUAGAGAACAAAUCUGUUCCUCCUCCGCUGCAACUUCUCAGCGUCAGAUGGGUUCUUCCCCAGUGACUGACUGCACCUGACUUCAUCUCUGGUUUUCAUUAGAGUCCUUUGGGGAAGAGGAUGAUUUUUCCGUUUUCUGUUGGUGUUCUGUGACUUUUUCUGGAUGUAAGUAAGUGUCUGUUUGCCCCAGAUAAGACACAGAAGAUAGACUGACUGACUGACUGAAUGAAUGAAUGAAUGAAUAAUCUGGGGAUUCAGUCUAUCAUGGGAACCAACUCAUUCAUUGUGAUUACUACAGAUGCAUGAACGAAGGUUCCUCUAGAGCAUCGUGAGGAUUUAGGAAAGCCAUGCUUCUGGAGUUCCUGUAGGGCUUUCAGGCAGCUCCCCCAGAGAGGUUCCUCUCUUCAGGGAUUGUUUACUGCUUCCAU